AUGCCUCCACAACAUGUGGAAAUCGCAGAGACGAUCGCAGCGCUCAAAAGAACCUUACGGCGCGAAAGAGACGGUCCCACCACUCAAGUCACCUCUGCGGCCACAAACAGAGGUCAUAAACUAGCACGUGGUGCCAACUAUAUUCAUGCCGGCGCUCUGCCCUAUCCGCACGGAUUAGAAGGCCAUAAACAAAAAAUCGAACAUGCUGGAUACACCCGAUAUAUCCUGCAACGCAACCCAAGAAGAUAUAACGAGUUUGGUGACGAACUAGAGGACAGCGAAAGCGAUGCUGAGGCCGAUGCCGAUGCUGAAGAUGAAAACGCAUACGCCGGUAUCCGGCUCGAAGAGCUGUUAUGUCCCCUGAAAAAUCCCUCUGAGCUUUCAAGCCACCCUACACUAUCUCUGCCCUUUACCGACCAUGCCCUUCCUGAUAUGAUCAAAUCUACCGAAGAGACACUGCGUCAAGAAAGAGCUAAUCUCUGGCGGGCCAAGAAUCUGAAUAGGCAGUUCAUGGGAGACGAGUCGUGGAUGCCCCUCGAAAGCACUGAAGGUGGAGAUGAUUGGGAUCUCUUUGAUCCCAAGCCCAAAAUACCUACACCGCAAGCGGGGAGGAAGAGGAAGCGCGGCUUCGAGAACGAGAACACUCCGAACGGAGUCAAUGGGCACAACUACGCAAAUGGAAGGAAGGAUGAGAAGGCAUCCCAAACUGUGGCCAGUAUACUAGAGACCGGUCCGAACACAGAUGCCAGGCAACAAGACGCAAAGGCCGGCAAGUCUCGGCUGCACCCUGAGAUAACAGUCGAGCAACCUGCCAAAGAAGAGACCAGUGAUGAAGCUGAACAUCCCAAAACAAAUGGAGUACAUAAAAGAGAGGAUGAGCCAGCCUCGAAAGACGACGCCGCUGAGAUUGACGCAGAGGGGGCCCAGGGUACGUCCAUAACUGUGGCAGAGGAUGGCCAAGAGCAACAACAGGAGCAGGAAGGUGAAGCAGUGUCCGAAGAUGAGAGCCACCCGAAACCCACGCGAAGGAUUACUCGAGCCCUGGCCGCCGAGCACAACAGUUCGACCGCACCGACUCCCCCACUCUCACCAGAGUCGACCGUGUCCACCAUGGACUCUUACCUCCUUCAACCUGAUCCAUUAUUCCUGCUUCCUCCCGUCCUCGCCGCAAAUCACCGACCACCACGAAGCCUAGCCCGCCUCGGUCUCCCGGUCGACGAACUCAUGGAGACCCGGCGUCUUCUGAUGAUGUACAUCCAAAAACAAGAAGAGAGCGUGCGCGGCUACGAGGCGGUGCUGGGAAAACUCAUCAAGGCGAAACGGAUGCGCGACAAGGUCUGGAACUGGUGCAGAACAGAGGGCCACGUGGGCGAGUGGUCUGACGGCGAGGACUGGAUUGAUGCCGAGGCAUGGGGCCUGCAGCCAGAGGAGUUGAGGAAAGGGAAGGAUGAGGAGGUGGACGAAGCGCAGGAGGAUACGGGCCGCAAGGGCAAGAGGAGACGACGAGAUUAG